AUGUUCGAAUAUUGUAUAAGGUCGUGUCCGCCAGGUCGACAGCAGUUCACACGCUCCCAUUCCUUCUCGCACCAUCAUGAUCAUCAUCGCUACCACUACCGAACCCGGUGCUCCGAUGACUGCGCUGGGAUUUCCACCGAGAAAUGGAACAGCCUACGCGAGCAGAAGAAAGGUCUUAUUGAGAAGAAUGAUGUUCUCACUCGCGAAAACCAGACCUUGAAAUACGACCUUCAAGCCUCUACCCAGGAGAACAGCCGCCUUCUCGCUUGCAACCGACAGAUGAUUGAGGAGAUCGAAGAGUUGAGACGAACACGCUCUCUCGACAGCGAAACAGCAGAGAGAUUUCGUCGACGGGUGCAAGCUAUCAAGUUAGAAGUUGACCAAAAGGACAAGGACAUCCAAGGCUUCAAGAAGGAAAACGAUAUCUUGUCUAAACGAGUUUGUGUCAUGACUGAAACCAUAUCGGACCAAAACCAGAGGAUUAUGAACUACAAGAAGAGACAGGAUGAUUACCAAACAACUCUGGACGAUGUCAAUAGUCGGCUUGAAAAGACGAAGCGUAUCCUUGCGGCUCGUCGUAGGGACCUUGACGAAAGAAAUGCCCAGUUCGAGGAGCAAUGCCGCGUGCUGCACAGGUACGAGACUACGAUUCCCUCUCGUCGGCGGUACAGUUUUGUAUAA